ACUCGUUGUUUCCUACGACUACGCUUGCCCAUUGACAUCGGCGCCUCUGCUCCUGCUGUGCUUCGUGCGAAAUAACAAGUUCAUUUUCUACUGGUGCGGCGUACCUGAUAGCAAGCUUUGCAGGCCUCUGAUACUGCCCGCUUCUCUCUCUCGCUAUAUUUUUUUCCGGCAUCUCAACCAACAUGGAGACUACCAGACCGGCAACCUUGAGAUCUCGACGGAUCUGUCGAUUUUGUUUGGUUGAAAAUGAUUCGCUGACCUUCAUCCACGACCGGGAGGUUGGACGUUCGUUCCAGGUCCCAUUGCCGCUUCAAAUCAUGUCCUGUGUCUCUGUCGAGGUAUACUCUGCUGAUGGAAUGCCACAAAUGGUUUGCAGUAAUUGUAGAUCUAAUUUAGAUAGAUGCUACAGAUUUAAGCAGCAAUGCAAAAAAGCUGAUGAAGCUUUACGAGCUUAUCCAACAUCAGGAGUGCUUCCAAGACCCUUUGCUCCUAUAACAGAUAAUAUAGAAACAGGCAACAAAAGACCUGCUUCAUCUACUAAUGAUUCAUCAAAGAAAGCUCGAUUGGACAAUGGUGAAAGACAAGUUGUGCAACGUCAAAUUGAAAUCAAGCAGUCACAAUCGCAACAGCAACAGCAGCAGCAGCAGCAGCAACAACAGCAACAGGAUCAUCAAGAAAUAUAUGAAGAAGACCAAGAAAUGAGUGAAGGAGAGCAAGAAAUGAAUUCCACCCAAGAAAAUUUGAAAUUAGAACCUGGCGAGAUACGUGUCCAUGCUUGCAAUCUGUGCGAUCGUACCUUCCCAUUGCUUCAGUCUUUGCAAGUGCAUAAAUUAACUUCUCACCGUGAUCGCAAUUUUAAAUGUACUGAAUGUGAUCGUAUGUUCUUUUCUAAAUAUGAUUUAAACAAACAUAUGGCUACUCAUGCUGAAGAUAAACCUUAUUCAUGUCAAAUUUGCAAUAAAUCGUUUACGCGCGCUAACUUAUUGCAAAGGCAUGAAAAAAUGCAUAGAGAUGAACUAAGAUAUGGUUGUGCUCAUUGCGAUAGAGAAUUUUUCACUACUGAAGAGCUUGAAAAGCAUGAAGAAGCUGCUCACAGUUCUGUCAAGCCUUUCCAAUGCAAUAUUUGCAACAAGAGAUUUACCUACAAGCAAGGCUUGGAACGUCAUGAAAUGCUUCACAAUGAAGAUAAAUCUUUCUCAUGUGAAUACUGCAAAGAAGCUUUUCGUACUUCCACAAAGCUUGCUCGUCAUCUUCAAACUCAUGCUGGCCAUCGACCUUAUCUGUGCAAACAAUGUCCUCGUACGUUCUUAUUGUCCCAUCACUUGACACGUCAUAUGCGCACUCACGACAUAGAAAAAACUCAUCAAUGCGAAGAAUGUGACAAGUCUUUUAAACGUAAAGAGUCCCUCGAAGUUCAUCAACUUACGCAUAUGAAGCGCACUGGAAUGGCUUUAACUUGCGAUGUUUGUGGCGAGUCAUGUCGAAACCGAGCAGAUUAUGUGACCCAUAUUAAGCAGCAUAUCGAAGCUGGUGAGAAAAUGGGUCCUGAUGGAUUAUCAACUAGCAAGGAUAAAACAGGUGAAACCGAUACUGAAGAAGAAGAAGAGGAGGAGGAGGAGGAGGAAGCUUAUUCAGACGGUGAUGAUGAUUACAAGCCACCUUAUGCCGUUAAACGGAAUGUUCAGAAAACACUGAAAAGAGAUGGUGAUGAUGUAGAAGAUCGUGUAGUUUAUGUACGUAGCAAAGAUGGUUCAAUGGUGAAAAAAACUAUCAAAACUCUGAUGCCGAUUACCAGAAGGAGUGAAGCACAUGUCAAUCAACAGCAAGUAAAACAACAAGUUUCAAGCUCACAGCUUGUCAAACAAUCAAAACAAGAGGAUAUUCAACAGAAGGUUGACCAAGUCAAGGAAACGGUGACUGUAAAACAAUCAUCUUCCCAACCAGCAGCACCUCAAAUUAUCAAAGAAGAAAAACUCGAUCCUGCAACUAUUACGCUUGGAAAAAAUGCUAGAGUAAUUAAAAGAAUCAUAGUGCGCAAACCUUUGGGCGAUGGUGGUGUAAUCACUGGACCUAUACGCGAUUUGGUUCCUGAUCCACCUGCACAAGCACCAGCCCCAGUAGCUUCUGCAACCGCUGCACCAGUCAAGUCUACUAAACGCGUAAUUGUACGCAGAAUUAUACGACAAGGCGAUACAAUGCGUGAAGUCAUUAUGAAUCCAGAUGGCACUGUGAUAGAUCCAGCUGAAUUAGCGAAAUUACCAACGGGCAACGUUGUUAAGCGUGUUGUAGUGAAAAAACCUAGAGAUAAAGUUGGCAAUAUCGAACAAAUGUUACAGAAUGUUGACGCUAAGCGAAUUAUAAGUUUAGCUGAAAGAGUUGAAGAUAUGGCUAACAAUCAAAGCUCAACAACUGUUCAGCAAAUAUCUAAAAUCGAGACCCGUGUUCAGGCUAAACAGCAGUUAUUAAAACAACAGCAAAAACAACAAUUACAAUUACAACAAAAACAAAAGGCAAUUGAAGAUCACGAUACAAAGCAGAAACUUGAACAAUUAGAAAAACGAGUUGAACAGCAGCGUCUAAAAAUUGAAGAGCUUCAAGCUCGCAAGCAGCAAGAGUACGAAGGAGACGAUAUGCUUCCAGAACGUCACGAUGAAUCCGAAGAUGAACAACAGUUGCCUCUUAAACGUGUUUUCGUUAAAAGAAACAAAAGUAUCUAUGAUGAAGAACGCGAAUACAGCGACGACAAGGAACAAUCCGAAAGUAAUGAUCAUCAAAAACGACAAAUUUCUCGUCAAGCUAGCAAAGAAGAAGAUGAAAAUCAAGAACAAGAACAAGAACAUGAACCAGAACCAGAACCAGAACAAGUAAGCAGUUCGCCCCUUGAUGAUUCUAAAUGCGCUGAAAUGAAGGCUGAAGAGUAUGAUCAGGAAGAAGAAAUGGGACGAGAGCUUUGUACAAUUCUUGAGUCUACUGACGCCGUCAGUAAAAUGCAAGAAAAUGUCUUAAACAAUCUUCAAGAAAUAACCCAAGUAGAUACUACUCAGGGUCAGAUUGAAGUUUGUGCUGAGGAACAAAAAGUUGAGGAUACGUCCGUUGUAUCCGCGACCGAAGAAGAACCUGAAGAGCAGAUGGACGUUUCUACUGGUGAAAAUGAACAAGAUCGGGAACAGGUUGAAGUUGAAAUGAAUGGUCAGCAGCAAGAAGACGGCACUAUUCUGGUUAUAACUCAACCGGAUGGAGCCGAAGUAAAAAUACAACUUCAAGAACAAGAACAGCAGGGGGCUGACUUGACUGAAGUUCAAGACGAUGAUGGAAAUAUCAUAUUCGGUAACUCAGACGCAGGUAUGGAAGCUGAAAAAAAUGAAAACGAUCAGUCACAGCUGCAAGGAGCUGUGAUAACAUUAUCCAGUAAUAAUGAAAGUAUCAGACACACCGAACACGACGAUAGCAGUAGGGAUAGUUUAGAGGCUAAACUUUCACAGAUGGAGGGCUAAUUAUGACCACUGUUACAUUUAUAACUAAAUUGUAGAUUAUCAUAAAUAUAAUAAGGGAUGGACUGCUUUAUUGAUGCGAUAUUUUUCAUUUACUAUCAUACUAUUUAUUGAAAGUUCGCAUACUAACCUUUGAUCUAUAAGAUUACGUACCAGCUCAAUUUCAUAUCUGCUAUUCAAACCCUAUCAGUUUUCCAAAGUUUGUUGCUAAGAUGUAUGUUAAUUUAACGCUCAUAUGUGAAUACGUUUAAAAUGAAAAUGUAGGUACUCUAAAAAAUGUUUGCAUUGUUUUCUUAAUGCUUAGAUCUUUUAGUUGAAUGUAACCUUUCAAAAUAUUUUCAUUUUAAAUAACUUAUUCGUAAUAAGAGGUUCAAGAAUUGGCAUACAUUUUUAAAAUUAAAAUAUUGAUGCAUCAAUUGCUGUGAAAAAUAACAGUAGAUGGAAAAUUAUUUGUUCCAGCAUCAAAUUUAUUACAUAAGUACUUGUGGAAUGGCGAUUGCUGGUUGUUUCAACUAUGAUUACUUAUAUUUACUAUGAUUCUGCCAAAGUUUUAUGGAGCAUGGGUUAAGUGACGUAUGAAUUAAAAUUGUUUGAAAAUAUAUAGGACUAUAUAAAUUACUUUUUUUACCAAGUUUUCCAAUCAUGCGCAUAACAGUCGAUUAAGCUAUUUCGAAUACUGUAAAUAACGGACCAUUCCCUUGAAAUGAAUUUUAUAUUAGAAUGUUAAUCGUCUACUGUAAUUGUAAGUAUCAAUUAAAUUAUAAAUAAAGGAAAAUACAAUUGACUUAUAACAAGAACUUUAAACUAAUCUUUUUGAAAAGUUAUAAAGGUGAACAUUUGUAUAUGAAAAAUUGGGAACAUUGAAUGAAAAUACGUAACUGUUACGUAUUAUUCGCCAAGUUUUUGAUCAGAUA